AUGAAAUAUUUCAUUGCCGUACAUAUAGGUGCAGGUUAUCAUUCAAAGAAACUUGAAAAAACAUACAAGUCUUUGAUUGAUAGAGUGUUGCUCACCACCGUAGAGCAAGUUAAUUCGAAUGCAAAUCAAUAUAAAGAUGCUCAAUCGAUUUGCGAGUUGGUUAUCAGCCAACUUGAAGAUGAUCCUCUUACCAAUGCCGGUCGUGGCUCAAGUUUGAAUCAAGAUGGCCAAGUAGAAUGUGAUGCUAGUAUAAUGGAUGGUAGAUACUAUUGUAGGUGUAGCAGUGGUAGCACAUCUUGUUUUGUACAGCAUUCGUCACUUACCGUUUGCCAGGCCGAUGAUGCAAAGAGAUGUGGUGGUGGUCUGUGGGCAGGCGUUGGUGCUGUCAAUGGUGUUUGCAACCCCAUCAAAUUGGCAAGUGCGUUGGUGAGAAAACAACAGAAAUCACUCACCAAGUCAUUGGGAAGAAUUAGACCGAUGAUGUUGGUGGCAGAGGGUGCCAAGGAAUGGGCGAGCAAUCACAACAUUGAGAUAUACGAUAGGAAUUCACUGUUGGGUGAUCCUCUAAUAACUCAACAAUCAAAUAUUACCUAUAUGAAUCAUAACUCCAGAUUGGAAAUGCAUAGAAAUACUAAAGAUCAACAACAAGAAAACAAUGAAGACUAUUAUUAUGAUGAUGAAUAUCAAGAUGACAAGACUGUAUAUUACGAUACUGUUGGUGCAAUUGUAGUGGAUGAAAAUGGACAUAUAGCAUCUGGAGUAUCAAGUGGUGGAAUUUCUUUGAAACACAGAGGAAGAGUUGGUGAAGCGGCAUUGUUUGGAAGUGGUUGCUGGGCUCAGGAUGAGCUAUUUCUUGAAUCGAAUGGAAAAUCAAUACCUGGUGUUGCAUGUAGUAGUACUGGUGUAGGUGAACAUAUAAUGAGAUCAAUGACAUCGAAGCAAUGUUGUCUAGCAAUGCAGAAUAAUUAUGCAGAUCUAGCAAUUAAAUCUUAUUUUGAGAAUCAAUUACUUAAUCAUUCAGAUUGUUUCGGUAAUCAUUUCGAAAGAACCACCAAUAUUGAUAAACAAGACAAGGAAAUAGAAGAGAAACUGGAAGAAGAAGAGGAAGAAGAAGAAUACUCAACACAGAGUUAUAAUGGCUCAGGAGAUGAAAGAUUAGCUGGUGUUAUUGCAAUAAGAAAACAAACCGAUCGAAACACUGGAAAGAUGGAUAUCGAGUUGGUUUGGGCACAUUCUACCUAUUCUAUGGGAAUAGGAUAUAUCAGUUCCAAAGAUAAUUUCAAAGCUCAUUCUUUGCUAUCGAGGAUCAAUGAUGAUAGUCCAGUUGGACAAUUAUUAGGACAAUUAUAG